GGUAGCGCGGAAAAGCGAGACCCUGUCUUUUCAAAAAAUAAAAGUUAGCCAGAUGUGAUGGUAUGUACCUGUAGUCCCAGCUACUCGGGAAGCUCAGGCAGGUGGAUCACUUGAGUCCAGCAAUCCAAGGCUGCAGUGAGCUACUAUCAAACUACUGCCCCCUAGCCUGGGUGACAGAGCAGAAGCUUGCCUCUAAAAAACAAAAGCACAGGCAACAAAAGCAAAAAUAAACAAAUGAGAUUACAUCAAACAAAAAAGCUUCUGCACAGCAAAGGAAACAAUAAACACAGUGAAAGGGCAACCUACAGAAUGGGAGAAAAUAUUUGCAAGCUAUUCAUCUGAUGGGAUUAAUAUCCAGAAUAUCCAAGGAGCUCGAACAUCUCAACAGCAAAAAACAAUCUGAAUACUUUAAAGGCAUCUCUACUCUGCUAUCAGCUUACAUGCUUCUGAAGAGAGAAAUCAUGCCACCCUCAAAGCCUCAUCCACCUGUCGUGGGCAAAGUGACUCAUCACAGCAUUGAAUUAUACUGGGAUCUGGAAAAGAAAGCCAAACGCCAAGGACCUCAAGAGCAGUGGUUCAGGUUCUCGAUUGAAGAAGAAGACCCCAAAAUGCACACUUAUGGUAUCAUUUAUACGGGAUAUGCAACGAAGCAUGUUGUUGAAGGUCUGGAACCAAGGACGCUGUACAGAUUUCGCCUGAAGGUCACCAGCCCCUCUGGGGAUUGUGAGUACAGCCCACUCGUCUCAGUGUCUACAACCAGUAGCAUUUGGCUUGGAGGAGAGCCCAUAAGUAGUGAGCACUUGCACCAGGCUGUCAGUGUGAAUGAUGAAGAUUUGCUGGUCCGAAUACUUCAAGGAGGCCGUGUUAAGGUUGAUGUUCCCAAUAAGUUUGGCUUUACCGCUCUGAUGGUUGCUGCCCAGAAAGGAUACACCAGGCUUGUGAAAAUCCUAGUUUCUAAUGGCACAGACGUGAAUCUGAAGAAUGGAAGUGGCAAGGACAGUCUAAUGCUGGCGUGCUAUGCGGGACACCUAGAUGUUGUGAAAUAUCUCCGAAGACAUGGCGCUUCUUGGCAGGCUAGAGACCUGGGAGGCUGUACAGCUCUGCACUGGGCUGCAGAUGGAGGCCACUGCAGUGUGAUUGAGUGGAUGAUAAAGGAUGGCUGUGAGGUAGACGUCGUGGACACUGGUUCAGGAUGGACCCCACUCAUGAGAGUCUCUGCGGUGUCGGGAAAUCAGAGGGUGGCCUCUCUUCUAAUUGAUGCUGGGGCCAAUGUGAAUGUGAAGGACAGAAAUGGAAAGACGCCCCUUAUGACUGUAUUCACUAGCCUGCUCUAUGGAAGGAGUGUGCAUCCCUUCUGGUUGACAUCAAGCUUGGCAAAACUGCCCACCCUCCUGAUCGAUAUUGAGCCAUCCUUAUAUUCUUGAGAUCAUCUCCCUGGGUUAUGGUGGACUGCAGGAUUCUUCAUGCUCAUAUGCUAUGUAUGUUUGCUCUUUUUCUUCUUUUUACUUAAUGAGAUUAGAAAGUGGCGUAUACACUGUUAGAAUUUUCCCAAAGAGCAACUCAUAGUUUUAUUAGCUCUACUUUAUUCUAAUGAACUUAUCCUUAGGUCUACAAAUUCAUUUCUUCUAUUUUUUCCCCUGGGUUUAUUUUAUUGUUCCUUUUAUAACUUUAUAGUAGAUAUUAAAUUCCCUUUUUCAUCCUUUACAAAUUAAUUUAUAGAUUUAGGGCUAUGAAUUUUCCCCCAGCGGUGCUUUAGUUACAUUAUCAUAGAACUUUUCUAAACUUUUCUAAUGAAAAAUUCAACUGGGAGAACUUGCUAAGUACACAUUUCGUAGCCCCAUCUCUGCUCUCUGAAUUGGAAUCUUCAGGGAAAGGGCAUGAGCAAUGGAUUUUAAUGGGUUUGAACAAGCAUCACAAGUGAGUUCUUCUAAUUCUAAGAUCUUGAGAAUCCCUACCAUCACAUGUGCUAUUAGAAAUGUUUUCACUUGCUGUUUUCUAAUCUGCAAUUCAUCUUUGAAAACUAAUGAAUCAAUUCAUUUCUAGGGUAUGGAAUUAUUUUUUGAGAAUUUUUAUUCUUCCAAGGCACUUGGAAAGACGAUAUAUUCUGUAUGUUUGGAGUAUCCUGUUUGAUAUAUAUCAAUUAUGUUUGAAGUUCUGUAUGUACUAAGUUCUGUAUGUAACAUAUAUAUCAAUUAUGUUUGAAGUUCUGUAUGUACCAGCUUGUGUGAUCAUAGGUGGAGAGUGGUAAGAAUAAAGACUCCUUCGGCUGGGUGCCGUGGCUCACACCUGUAAUCCCAGCAUUUUGGGAGGCCAAGGUGGGCGGAUCAUGAGGUCAGGAGUUUGAGACCAGCCUGGCCAACACAGUGAAACCUCAUCUCUACUAUAAAUACAAAAAUUAGCCAGGCGUGGUGGCACGUGCCUGUAAUCCCAGCUACUCAGGAGGCUGAGGCAGGAGAAUCGCUUCAAGCCAGGAGGCGGAGGUUGCAGUGAGCUGAGAUAGCACCAUUGCACUCCAGCCCGGGUGACAGAGUGAGACUCCGUCUUAAAAAAACAAAAAAAAAGACUCCUUUAUUCUUGUUAGCAUUUUGUAUUUGUAUUUUUGUAUUUUCUGUAGUUUUAUUAAGUUGGAUGCUGUGUUUUUUAAAUAGGUAUCUAUUUACACUUAGAUUUUUCAUACCAAAUAACUCCGAUAUUGUCUCUACCACUGCUUGCUUGCUUUUUGGAUUUCUUAUGUAAAUAGAUGAGUUUUAAAAAAUUAGGUUAUACAUUCACAUUGUUCAAAAACCAUAUCAUGCCCCACCCCCCGUGUCGUGUGUGAGCAUCUUCCUUCCUGUGCCGUGGUCUCACACGUUCAUGAGGUUGGUAGCACACACCCCUUAUGCACCCCCACCCUGCCAGCCAUUCUUCUUAGUUUCUUAUGUACUGCUCCAAACUUUUCUCAAGCAUCUAUAAAUGAAUGAGAAUACAUUUUUCUACAUGAAGGCCUUCCGCCAAUUUUUGUAACAUUCUCAGUAACAAAUGAGAGACACAUUGAUAUUUACCUUUAUA